UUGCCUAUGCGGCUUUUUCUGCCGAAGAAUUCAAAAUGCAAGAGCUGACCUCCUAAUUGAUUCCCAUUUCAAAACCCCAUUCCCCCAAUUUCGUACAAAGAAACAUCUGGUAGCUAUAGGAUGGCCGGAACUCCCUCAAAUCCCCAUGAAAAACAAACUCCGGCGGCCCUAACAGCGGAGCUCGAUCGGCCCCUCCACGCUUUAGGUUUCGAGUACAUCCAUUUCUCGCCGGAGAAGAUCACGGGCCGCCUCACCGUGAGCGAAUCCUGGUGCCAGCCGUUCAAGCGGAUGCACGGAGGCGUGGCCGCUUUUGUGGCGGAGGGUGUGGCCAGCGCCGGAGCUUAUAUGGCCUCCGGCUUCCAGCAAGUUGCCGGCGUCCAACUAACAGUCAAUCACAUCAGCCCUGCAUUCCUGGGCGAUAAGGUUGAGAUUGAGGCCACUCGAAUUUCACUCGGUAAAACUAUCCAGGUAUGGAAGGUCCAACAAUGGAAGGCCAAGUCUACAGGGGAGAAAGUGUUGCUGUCCUUGUCAAAUGUUACCCUUGUCUGUAAUUUACCAUCACCCAAGUCCAUGAAAAGCUAUGAAGAUGUCAUAAAGAAGCAUUCUAAGCUUUGAGUCUUGGUAGUGUGAUUGAAAAUGAGUUAUUAGGACUUUUUCUUUUUGUUAUAAUGUGUUAUCUUUUGUGUUA